AUGAGUGUUAUCGAUUAUGUGCGGGACAUGGCGGCCGCAGGGCUUCACUCUAAUGUCCGGAUCCUGAGCAGCCUUCUUCUCACCAUGAGCACCAACAACCCGGAGCUCUUCUCCCCGGCCCAGAAGUACCAGCUUCUGGUCUAUCAUGCUGAUGCUAUCUUCCAUGAUAAGGAGUACAGAAAUGCAGCCUGCAAGUACAACAUGGCUCUGCAGCAGAAGAAGGUGCUCAGCAAAGCCUCCAAAGUGAGACCAUCCAGCACUGGUGGCUCUUCUUCAGUGCAGACUCAGAAUUUGCCCUCAGAGAUUGAAGUGAAGUACAAGAUUGCGGAGUGCUACACUAUUCUGAAACUGGAUAAAGAUGCAAUCUCUGUGUUGGAUGGGAUUCCUUCAAGACAGAGGACCCCCAAGAUAAACAUGAUGCUGGCAAAUCUUUACCGAAAGGCUGGUCAGGAGCGGUCAGCAGUCACAAGCUACAAGGAAGUUCUGCGACAGUGUCCUCUUGCACUUGAUGCCAUUAUUGGGCUGCUGUCUCUGUCUGUAAAGGGAGCUGAGGUGGCCUCUAUGACCAUGGAUGUGAUUCAGAGUAUCCCCAAUCUGGACUGGCUCUCUGUUUGGAUCAAAGCCUAUGCCUUCAUCCACGGUGGAGACAAUCACAGAGCUAUCAAUACUAUCUGCUCCCUAGAGAAGAAGUCUCUCCUCAGGGAUAAUGUGGAUCUGUUGGUGAGCUUAGCAGAUGUUUACUUCAGAGCUGGUGACACAAAGAACGCCAUCCUAAAAUUUGAGCAGGCUCAGAUGCUUGACCCCUACCUGAUCAAAGGCAUGGAUGUGUACGGCUACCUUAUGGCUCGGGAGGGACACCUAGAGGACGUGGAGGUUCUGGGAGGUCGACUGUUCAACAUUUCUGAUCAGCAUGCUGAGCCCUGGGUGAUAUCUGGGUGUCACAGUUUCUACAGUAAGCGCUAUUCUCGUGCGCUCUACUUAGGUGCCAAGGCUAUCCAGCUCAACAGUAACAGCGUGCAGGCGCUCCUUCUGAAGGGGGCAGCGUUGCGUAACAUGGGUCGAGUACAGGAAGCCAUCAUUCACUUCCGAGAGGCCAUGAGACUGGCACCCUGCCGACUGGACUGUUAUGAAGGGCUGAUUGACUGUUAUCUGGCGUCUAACGGUAUACGUGAGGCAAUGGGCAUGGCCAACAACAUCUAUAAGACACUUGGUGCCAAUGCUCAGACACUGACCAUCCUGGCCACUGUCUGUCUGGAGGACCCAAUGACCCAGGAAAAGGCAAAAACUCUGCUGGACAAAGCUCUCGCCCAACGGCCAGAUUACAUCAAAGCUGUGGUGAAGAAAGCAGAACUUCUCAGUCGAGAACAGAAGUAUGAGGAGGGUAUAGCACUUCUGCGAAAUACACUGGCCAAUCAGAGUGACUGCAUGCUACACAGAAUGCUGGGAGAUUUUCUGGUAGCUGUGAAUGACUAUCAGGAGGCCAUGGACCAGUACAGCAUAGCUCUGAGUCUGGAUCCCAAUGACCAGAAGUCUUUGGAGGGAAUGCAGAAGAUGGAAAAGGAAGAAAGUCCCACAGAUGCCACAGUGGAGCUGGAUGGGGACGACAUGGAGGGUAGCGGAGAGGAGGGUGACCUGGAGGGCAGUGACAGUGAGGCAGCACAAUGGGCUGACCAAGAGCAGUGGUUUGGCAUGCAGUGACAUCAUCGAUCAGAAGUGCUGAACACCUCAGAGUAGCAAAGCCGAUCUAGGAGCACCUGCCUGCUGCCUCCUGUCUUUAUUCAGCAGGGUUUAACGGGCGUAACCUGAUCCUAGAUCAGCAUCAUUACUCUUGAGGAAUUUGACACAUAAUAUAGGAGUCCUGCGUAUAAAAUCUGGUGCAGUGCCUCCUGCUGGCUGGGAGUUGUGGCCGAGCAGGCACAAGCAGAGAGAACAACUUUCUUUCCAAAGUUGAAAGACUGAUAGCCAUGCCUGAACAUGGAAAAUACUGUUAUAGGUGGUGGUACAGGGUCAUAAAGAGCAGCCUUUAUGAAUGAUGAACCACUGCAGAAUGUGUAGAGGAAUCAAAGAACCAUCAUUUGUGUAUGUUCUACCUCUACAUGUGAUGUGUGUGUGUGUACUGUGCUGCCACCUGCUGGCUCAUUACACAAAUGAGUGGUAUAGGACGCACUGCUUGUGUUCUAAUUGCCUGUGUUCUGAUGCCCCCCCAGUCACUUUUCUGGUAUUUUUCCAGGUGAUAUUAAGAGCUCUCUCUCUCCUCAGACCAUGUUUUUACUGAACUUUAUGAACAUGACAAUAACUACAUUUGAUGUUAUUGUCUCAGCAGCCUUUUAUUAAGAACUUCAAAAUAGCAGUCAUUUAAAAGGACUAGAACGUCUGCUCCCUGAUGGCAUAUAUAUAGGCCAAAAUUCACCAGUUGAACUCAUGUAUCCUGAAGUGCUCUUUGUGGUGUUGCUUUUUUUUUUUUUAAACGUUUAACAUUGUAUGGUAUUGUAAACUGUGAAUAAUACUAUUUUUGAAUGUUAAGGAAUAAAAAUCAUGACAGAUAUUUAGUAAA